GACACCCUCAGGGCCUGUCCCGGGGCAGGGGACACGUCCAGAGCAUCCCCCUGCUCCUGGCCAGCCCCAGCUGCCAGCUCCAGGACAGGACACAGGGAGCAGCCCAGCCUUGCAGGGCUCUGCCCUUGAGCCUGGCCUGGGGCUGGGCUGGGCUCAGGCCCUGCUGCUGAGCCCUGCUCCUGCCAGGCCUUCCUGCAGGGAGAACAUUCACCUUGCACAUUCACCUUUUUAUCGGGCGGCUGCUCAGACAAGGAAAGUUCUGAAGUCUUUUUUCCCCAGCUUUCACCUGAUGCUGCCUCACCCCUGCCCCAGCCUGGGCACACAAAUGUCCUUUCCCUGCCCCAGAAGAGCUCUCCUUCAUGCAGAUGGAAAUUUAAAAUGCCACUUUAUUUUUUUCAACCAUUGAGGGGUUGGAUGAGCAGAGCUGCAGGUGCCACCUUGAGUUGGCUGGGACGUUCUCUGUGGCGGGCACAGCGUGUGUCGUGCACCAUCCCCUCCUCAUUCCAGGGGCCCAGCUGACCUGUGCUGCAAUUCUCCUGAGUGUGGCGUGGAAUUCAUGGCCUUCAACACUUCAUAAGCUCAUCCCAAGUGUGUUUGCAAUUCAGGUGCAUGGAGGGCUCCUCACUCUUCACCUGCUCAGAAUAUCUGAGAGCUGCAGGCAGAACCCGUCUGCACCCAGAGCCAUCUGUACCAGAGCCACCUGUACCAGAGCCACCUGCACCCAGAGCCACCUGUACCCAGAGCCACCUGUACCCAGACCCAUCUGCACCCAGAGCCACCUGUACCAGAGCCAUCUGCACCAGAGCCAUCUGUACCCAGAGCCACCUGUACCCAGAGCCAUCUGUACCAGAGCCACCUGCACCCAGAGCCACCUGUACCCAGAGCCACCUGCACCCAGAGCCACCUGUACCCAGAGCCACCUGUACCAGAGCCAUCUGCACCAGAGCCAUCUGUACCCAGAGCCACCUGCACCCAGAGCCACCUGUACCAGAGCCAUCUGUACCCAGAGCCAUCUGUACCAGAGCCACCUGUACCAGAGCCAUCUGUACCCAGAGCCACCUGUACCAGAGCCACCUGCACCCAGAGCCACCUGUACCAGAGCCACCUGAACCCAGAGCCAUCUGCACCCAGAGCCAUCUGCACCCAGAGCCACCUGUACCAGAGCCAUCUGCACCCAGAGCCAUCUGUACCCAGAGCCACCUGUACCAGAGCCACCUGAACCCAGAGCCACCUGUACCAGAGCCACCUGUACCAGAGCCACCUGUACCAGAGCCAUCUGCACCCAGAGCCAUCUGUACCCAGAGCCACCUGUACCAGAGCCACCUGAACCCAGAGCCACCUGUACCAGAGCCACCUGUACCAGAGCCAUCUGCACCCAGAGCCACCUGUACCAGAGCCAUCUGCACCCAGAGCCAUCUGUACCCAGAGCCACCUGUACCAGAGCCACCUGUACCAGAGCCACCUGUACCAGAGCCAUCUGUACCAGAGCCACCUGUACCAGAGCCACCUGCACCCAGAGCCACCUGUACCAGAGCCAUCUGCACGCAGAGCCACCUGUACCAGAGCCAUCUGUACCCAGAGCCAUCUGCACCCAGAGCCACCUGUACCCAGAGCCACCUGUACCCAGAGCCACCUGUACCAGAGCCAUCUGUAAACGGAGCCAGGGCUUGGGCCAGGUGGUCUCCAGAGGUUCCUCUCCCCUGACACGGCUGUGGCUCUGAUCUGCCUCCCUGCCCCUCCUGCCCGUGUGCUCCAGGGUGACCCAGCCCUGCUGCUCAAGCCUGGAAAUCACAGAGCUGCAGAAGCUGCGGGAGGAAAAUCCCUCUGGGAGCACCCAGUCCAACCAUUCCCAGCUCUGCCCAGGCCAGCACUGGCCCUGUCCCAGCUGCCACAUCCACAGGGCUGUGAAACCCCUCCAGGGAUGGGGGCUCCAGCCCUGCCCGGGCAGCUGUGCCAGAGCUGAGCAGCCCUUUCCCCUUUCCAUGGGGGAAUUUCCCCAGUAUUGGAAAUAAACCUCCCUGGCCCAGCCUGGGGCCGUUCCCUCUCCUCCUGUCCCUGUUCCCUGUUCCCAGCCCGACCCCCCCGGCUGUCCCCUCCUGGCAGGAGCUGUGCAGAGCCACAAGGUCCCCCCUGAGCCUCCUUUGCUCCACCUUUGUGCUGAGGCUUACGGCCCAGCACUUCAAGACCCGUAAUUCAAAUAAAAGGUAUGGUAGCAUAACCUCUCUUGUGGGUAAUUAAACAGUUACAACAACCAUUUUA